AUAGGUUCUUCUUCCUAGCAAACAUUGCAUCGAAGCAAAAUCGUAGGCCAAAUGGGAACGGAAACGGUGUCGUUUAAGUGGGAGGGUAAGAAAGUCGCUCAAGUCAACGGUGUCACGGCUGAGAAAGUUUGGUCGGUUUUUUCUGACUUCUGCAACGUCCAAGAGUGGUUCCCAUCAGUCGAUACGUGUUACCGAGUCCAAGGAACCGAUGGUGUACCGGGUCUGAUCCGAUACUGCUCCACCACCAAAACCAAGGAAGAGGGAAGCAGGUGGGCUAAAGAGAAGCUGGUCAAGAUCGAUCCCAUUGGACGGUGUUUGAGCUAUGAGAUCCUCGAGAAUAACGUAGGGUUUAGAUCUUACGUGGCGACAGUCCAAGUAACGCCAGUGGACGGUGAAGAUCAAGUGUCUCGAAUCGAGUGGUCGUUUGUUGCCGAUCCUGUUGAUGGUUGGAAGAAGGAAGACCUCGAAUCAUACGUUGACUUUUGCCUUCAACAUAUGGCCAACAAAAUGGAACUCAAUCUGUAAUAUCUUUUUCUUUCUUCGUUUGUGUGUUUUUACCGUACGUGUAAGACUAGUUGGUGGGUUUCAUGUUAGUUGAAAUUAAAUAAAAUUGGAUUCGUACGUUAUAUUAUUCUGCCAUUACAUUUUAGCUUCGAUUUUUUUCGUCCGUUGCAGCUGAUUUGCAAACAAUAAAAGUA